AUGCAACCAAACAUAUUUACUGCAGCUGUAAAACAAGUCACAAAACUCACGGACAAGGCUAAAGCGGCACUUGAAGAGAGACUUGAAGCUUCCGGACCGUCAAAGAAGCGCAUGAUUGAUGCAAAUGGUGCAAGUGCGGUCUCCAACAAGUCGAAGAAGGCAAAACAAAAUCCUCCUGCAGAUAUAUCCAAAGAUAGACUGGUAGCCGAGGCCUCUCCACCUCCAUCUGAUGUGAGAACGGCAGCAGAGCCUCGUAAGAUUUGCUGUGUCAUUGUUCGCACCGAGGAAGAGGAAGAAGCAUUGUAUAACAAUGCCAUUGUCAUUGAUGACAUGAGUGAGAAAAGUGGAGAUGAGGCUGGUAGCGAGGCUUCAGGUCCAGAAAGUGCCGAGGACGAGCGAACGAGGCUCAUGAAAGAAUGGGUAUCACCUGUUUAUGCAUUCUUUGACCCAACUCCCCGCAUCACUGAAGUUGGUGGUCGACGUGCACAUGAAUUCAAGUGCUGUGCGAAAGGAUGCAAGGUGACAAUCCGACAAUUCCUGGACAAAAAGGAUGCGCGAUUGACAGGGAACAUGCGCAAACAUGUAAAAUCUUGCUGGGGGGAAGAUGCACUCAAUGCUGCAGACAAUGCCAAAGAUGCAGAUGAAGUGCGAGCAAAAAUUGUCGGAAGUAUCCUAAAAAAACGGGUCAAUUGUGGCAUCUUUCGAAUGGAAAGGAAAGGGGAAAUUGACUUACUCGCUUUGUCAGCACACACGGCAGAGAUGGUGUGUUGGGUUUCGGAGAGCCUGCGUCCGUUUGAGAUAGUCAAGGAUUGGGGAUUUCAAUCAUUGAUGAAGACCGGAAGGCCAGAGUAUUACAUACCUUCGCCAUCCACAAUUUCACGUGAUGUUCGACUUGUGUUCGCUCGGACUCAUCAACGAGUUGCUAAAAUGUUACAAGAAUAUGAUGGCAAGAUAAAUUUUACAACGGAUGCUUGGAGUUCGCCAAACCAUCGAGCAUUUGUGGUGUUCUCGGUGCACCUCGAGCACAAGGGCAUACCACUAAGCCUACCAUUAGAUAUAAUUGAAGUAGCUAAGUCUGCAGAUCCCUAG